UCUAACAGUAAGACUGCAACCCUCCCUGGAUUAUAAAAUGGACCAACAGCCAGUGGAGGGAUGCCAGAGCUGCUGUGAUGUGAUGUUGUCUGUUAAAACCUGUUUAAUAUGUUAUUACAUGAUGGUAUUAUGCAAAUUCUCUACAGCUGACAGUUAUCAGUUAUCAUGAGCUAACAACAUGUGUUUCUGACUGUUUGUCCUGUGUGUAUCCAUACGACAACAAGUGUUUCAACCUGUGGACUGAUAGACAGAUUUAUUAGUGUUGUAACAGAUGGAGAACGGGCUACAGUCACACAAUGAGGAGCAACGUACAAGUGGGGAGACCCAGGAGGAGGAACAGGAGGAGAUUCUCAGUAACGUCCAUGUUUCAGCUCCUCAGGAUCUCUUACUGAGCCUGGAGAAGACGGACGAGUCGUGUCCUGAGUCCUACAGACUGAACUCCUCUGAUGAAACUCGACUGUUGGCCGUCGCAGACAACUUCCAGCGUCAGUAUUCACACUUGUUUCCUGACCGUAAACCGCUGCUGCUCUGCCCCGUCAACGAAUGUGGUGUGAAGAAGUUUGUGUCUACGACUCUUCAGCCGACACUGACGAUCCACCCUGAACUUUUCACCUGGGAGGGCUGUGCCUCUUUUGUGGCUAACUUCCUGUCUCUGGACCCUUUGGAGCCGCCUGUUGACCUGCCCAGGUACCUGUUCUCCUCCACCUUAGUGCUGCAGAAUCAGAGAGCCACAUGUUUUGAGUUUGCCACCCUGCUGUGCAGCCUGCUGCUGGGCGCCAACUACGACGCCUACUGCGUCAGCGGCUACGCCGUCAAAGAGAUGUGUCUGCUCGACCAGAGCCUGCGGGAGUGCCCCCUGCUGGACACUCAGGUCAAGGUUGUGAUCUCAGAGCAGGAACAACAGGAGAGCAAAUACACAGUGAAACCUUUGAAGGAGCUGAAGAGUCACUUUGUGACGCAGCAAGAGAAGAAGAAACUGGAGGCUGAAGCUGUGCUGCUCCAGAGAAAAACACUACAGGAGGAGAGUCAGCAGCCACCCGCUGACCCCCUGCAGGGUCUGCGGGUGCACUGUUGGGUGCUGGUCCUGUCAGGGAGCCGCAGCGUCCAGGACAACUUCUUCAUCGACCCUCUGACGGGGAAGAGCUACAGCACCGCUGACAACAACUUCCUGGGCAUCGAGAGCGUGUGGAACAAUCUCAACUACUACGUCAACAUGCAGGACUGCAGGAACGGCUGUGUUGAUAUGGUGUAUGACCUGGAUGAUGUCCAGCUGUGGGAGCCAGUCUUGUACGGUGCAACCAGCAAAAAGCAGCUGAUUCUAGAAGCCCUGAAGAAGAAGGAAAGCCAUAAGAUGAGCAGAAUCAACAACGAUGACGAGGAGGAGGAGCAGCCCCGCGCUUUCGAGAUGCCGAGCUCCUGGGUCAGUUACAUCACCAUCUCAAAAAAAGACCUGGAGACCCGCUGGCCCGGAGGACAGAAGACGAGCCGCUACAGGAGAGCAAAGCUGGAGGAGUUCUCUCUCGAGCGGAGGUCAGACGGGCUGCUCACACGACUGACUACAUACAAAGACCUGGACUGCUCGGAGGUGGUCAUGGUGACGGAGUGGUACCGACACAGAAACGACUUCCUGGAGAAGAAGGAGGUCAACAAGGUCGACAACUUCACCGCAGAACACUUCGCACGUGGAAGACGUUUCCACCUUUUAGUUCACAGGUACUCACACCUGACCACGGACGCUGAGAUGGAGUUCAGCAGCGCUCGUGUCGACGGUCUGGUUCGGAGGGAGGAGUCACCGGGCGAAAUGACGGAAACCUUCGAGGGCCGGGAAGACUUCCUCCACUACCGACACGUCGUCUUCGAUCGACACGUCCAGUUUACAGAACCAGACGUCACCUUUAAGCCCGAGGACCGACCGCCGCUGAAAGUGGUGGAGCGUUUUCACAGAAACAGAAAGAAACUGGCCAGUGAAGACGUGGCUGAGCGAGUGUUCCUAUUGGCUCAAAGACGCAUCGAGGUGACCUAUCACUUAGAGGAUCACCGAUUUAUCCCUUCAAAGAGGAGCUUCAUCAAACCAGAAGAGUCAACAGAAGAAGAGAAGGAAGAAGAGUUCACACCAGACAUGGUCUCCAGCUUCCAGGUGGAUCCAGCUGAAAAGCCUCUGAGGAUUCUGACUCUGCAUGAGAUGCUGCUGGCCCUGAUGGCGGAUGAGGAGAAGGUGGUUCUCCAAAUCAAAGAGUCGAAGGAGGAGGUUGGAGACAUUGUGGCCUGCAGAGAGCAGGAGGAGAGAAACAUUCAGCUUCACUUCUCUCCAUGGACCACGACUGGAGCUGCCAGAGCCCGCAUACGGAGACAGGAAAUGGAGCGUAUGGCUGCGGAGGAGCAGAGGUGGCUGCAGGAGAAGGAGAAGGACAUCCUGGCUCCGCUCCUGAUCCAACUGGACGACGCAGAGACUCUGAUUCCCUCCGAAGCCAAGCGGCUCCACCGUGAGUGUUUGGCCAUGUUCAAACAAAGACUGGUGGAGCGGGCCAACCUCAUUCAGGAACGCUAUGACAAGGAGACACAAGAGCUGCAGCAGAAACAGCGGUGGUACCAGAAGAACCAACUCAACAUGACGCAAGAGCAGGAGGAAGAGUACCGGACCUACUGCGCCGAGAAAACACUCCGCAUACACGUCGCUAAGAAACGGCUCAGAAUGCACAACGAAGCAACUCCUCAGAAGUUCAACGCUCUUGAUCAGAAGCUGAGACAAGACGCUCGACUGGCUCGUCACCUGCUCAGCUGAGCAAACAUCUGCCUGCUUUUUAAAGACUGUGUGACUUUUAUAGCUGCACAGGUUUAGAAUUAGAGAACCUCUUCCAAACACACACAUUGUUUUUCUUUUUCCUCAGAGUCUGUAAAGAGCAGAUGUGUGUUAGCUGUACUGUAAGAUAAUACUUUCAUCAAUCGGUCACAAUGUGAUAAUAUAUUCAGUCUCACAGUCUCUGGUUGUACAGCAAACUGCAGCAGGCUUCAGAUUCUGGAAGAUAUCUCUACUUGAUGGCUGGUUCUAAUAUGUUGUUAUCUGUAUUAUCUGGAACAGUGAAAUAGAAUCUGAUUAAAUAUAUCUUCUAAAAGCA